AUGCUGAGCAGUGGGCAACGUGGGUUGAGUGAAGCGCUACAGGUGCUGCACGCUCUGGAGGAGCAUUCUGAUGCUGACCAGAGCACUGCUCAGGGCCUGCUAGGGCUGCUCUACAAUGACCUAGGCAUGGCUCACUUCCAACUUCAACUGUUUCCUCUGGCAGUAGAGGCCUUCCUGCAGGCCCUACCCUGGUGUCAACAGCCAGCAGACCAGGCAACAGUGUUUCAGAACCUUGGAGUGACCUGCAAUAUCCUUGGCCACUAUCAAGAAGCCAAGGAGUUUCACCAGAAGGUGGCCAAGCUGUAUGGGUAUCCAUGCCCCAGCAGCCAAGCCCCUAUACAAAUGGAUGCGUUCUGGUUUCAGGCUCGUCGGAGCUUGGGCUGCCUAGCAUUCUCACUGAGCCAACUGGAAGACCACAGGGCUGCUUGGGACAGCUAUUUCCAUGUCCUGCAGCUGCCCAAGAGACUGGUAAGAAUGGGGGGGUUUAGGCAGGCCUGUGACGGCCUUGGGGCAGCUUCUGCCAGACUCGGACAACACGACCAGGCCGUGAAAUACUGUAAGAGAGCGCAGGCCCAGUGUCAGCAUGAACCAGGUUCUGUGCGGGAGCGGCUUGUGGCCAGGCUGAUGGGUGCCAGGAGGGCCUUCUUGGCUCAGGAGAGGCUAGCCCAGGCUCAUAUCCUGUUUCCCUCCACAGGUCCUCCAAAUGCUUUUCUCCGUAGGAAAUUUACCCCAACACCAAGAACUGACCUCUCUGCCUGGAGCAUCCUUCUGCUCACCAAAGCAGAAGUCCCUCCCUACAACUUCCUGUGGGAAGACGAAGAGCCGGAAGAGGGCCAUGAGGAGAAAGAGGUGGAGGGGCUGGUGAACAUGACUUUGGUAGAACCUCAGAGACAGGACCGGGCCACAGUUCAUCUUCCAUCUGGAGGCCUCAGUCCCAGAGUGGAGCACCCCAUCAUCACAGCACCCCACAAGCUCCAAGUCGAUAGGCCCCUCUGCCUCUGUUAG